AUGGGCUCUAUCCAUCUCGCCGAUCUCGUCAAUGACAACCUCGACACACCCACUCGCAUUGGCGCCGUACGCGUCGAAGGCGCGACACACACCCGAGAAUCUUUUCUUGCCUCACUCAUCCAAUCGCGCAUACCCCCACCAGACCAGACAUCUACUCUCGGCACUGUCCUUCGUACGACACGCGAUAUAAGCCAUUUGCUCCAUAGAACAGAUAUCUUCCAGACUGUGAAUGUCCAGCUCGAGCGAAGUAGGGAAGCAUUGGCGGCCCCAAACGAUGUGGACGUCAUAUUCACAACGAAGGAGAGGGGAAAGUAUUUUUUGAAGACAAGUACAGAGGUUGGGAAUAACGAGGGUAAUGCUAGUGCGACGGCUCGUGUCCGUAACGUCUUUGGCGGUGCUGAGACAUUUGAGGCAAACGCCUCUGUUGGCACCAAAACACGUCGAUCUAUUCAAGCUUCGUUGUCCGCCCCUGUUACUUCGACGCUGAGAACGAGAGGAGACCUUUCUAUAUUUGCGCUCGAUAGAGACUACACGACGUACGCGAGCUGUACGGAGGCGGUUCGAGGAGUUAAGGCUGGUUUGAAGCACGGUGAAAUAUGGUCCGGUCAACACGAAUUAGCUUAUGAAGCAGUACUACGACAUAUAGGAAGCCUGCUUCCAUCCGCCUCCGUCAGCAUACGAGAAUCUGCAGGCCAGACCAUCAAAUCUUCGAUAACACAUUCCUGGACACAAGACACCCGUUCAGGCCCCUCACUAUCCAUUGCGCCUGGCCACUAUACCAAGCUCUUCCACGAACUUGCCGGAAUAGGUGGGGACGCACACUAUUACAAGGCUGAGGCCGAAAGUAAGAUCACAACAGUUAUUGCGAAGGGGAUGUGGCUAUCCUGCUCAGCACGCGCUGGCGGACUAUAUAAUCUCUCGCCAACAGGACAAUCGUUAUUCUCCGAUAGAUUCCAGCUGGGCGGGCCACUCAGCCUCCGAAUGUUCCGUGCCAAUGGCAUGGGCCCUCGCGAUGGUGUUGACUCGCUAGGUGGCGAUUAUUACUGGGCAGCAGGAUUGAGCCUCAUCUCUAACCUCCCCCCAAAACCACAUUGGCCACUCAAAGCUCAUUUCUUCCUCAACGCUGGCCAAUUGCAGGGUUCACAACCCGGCAUAUCCCUGCGCGAUACCCUCGCCACCUGCGUCUCCAAACCCUCGAUAUCCGCCGGCGUAGGACUCAUCUAUCUAUUUGAUCCUAUACGUGUCGAGCUGAACUUUGGAGUUCCGUUGGUGGCGAGUAAGAGUGAUGGGUUGCGGAAGGGGAUACAGGUCGGCAUGGGAUUGGAAUUUUUGUGAUCUUCGAUGAGGGAACUGUGUAUGUAGGACUGGGGCCCAAAUUGACAGGCAGCCUGCUGUCGCGUUU